AGGAGCUGCUGACCCGGGGGUGGGUAGGGGGCUGCUGGGCCGAGGCGGCCGGUGGGAUGUCUCGCUUCUUCCAGGCCCUUUGCAGUAAGCUCGGAGGGCGGGCAGGCGGCGUGCCCGUGAAGGAGGAGGACUUGUGCCACUGGGGCCUGGCAGGUAUUCAGCUACGUUCCUACCAAGUAGACGGGGUGAACUGGCUAGUACGAUGCCAUGAACGUCAACAUGGCUGCAUCCUGGGCGAUGAGAUGGGUCUUGGAAAGACUUGUCAGACCAUUUCUCUGCUUGUGUAUUUGGCUGGAAACUUCAUAAACAAAGGGCCAUUUCUUAUUCUUUGUCCUCUUUCUGUACUGAGCAACUGGAAGGAGGAACUGAAGAGGUUUGCUCCAGGUCUCUCCUUUGUGACAUAUGUGGGUGACAAGGAGGAAAGAGCAGAGCUGCAGAGGGACCUGAAAGCACCAUCUCACUUCCAGGUCCUACUGACAACAUAUGAGAUUUGCCUGAAAGAUGCAACAUUUCUAAAGUGCUUUAAUUGGGCUGCUCUAGUUGUGGAUGAAGCACACAGACUGAAAAACCAGAACUCCCUGCUGCAUAAGACACUUUCUGAGUUUUCAGCGAGUUUCAGUCUGCUGCUCACAGGCACUCCUAUUCAGAACAGUCUCCAGGAGCUGUACUCCCUACUCAGUUUUAUUGAACCUGACAUCUUCCCUAAAGACCAAGUGGAUGAGUUUGUUCAGUAUUACCAUGAGAUCGAAACGGAGAGCAAGCCAGCCAAAGAACUACACAGUCUCCUGCAGCCCUUUUUACUCAGGCGGGUGAAAGCUGAAGUCGCUGCAGAUCUACCUAAGAAGGUAGAAGUAGUACUAUAUCAUGGGAUGUCAGCCCUGCAGAGAAAAUACUACAAGGCCAUUCUGAUGAAAGACCUAGAUGCAUUUGAAAACGAAGCAGGGAGGAAAGUUAAACUUCAGAACGUUUUAAUUCAGCUUCGGAAAUGUGUGGCCCACCCGUACCUGUUCAAUGGUGUUGAGCCAGAGCCCUUUGAAAUUGGAGACCACCUCAUCGAAGCCAGCGGCAAGCUGUGCCUGUUAGAUAAACUCCUUUCUUUCUUAUAUGCUGGUGGCCACCGUGUCUUGCUCUUUUCCCAGAUGACUCAAAUGCUCGAUAUUCUUCAAGACUACAUGGACUACCGAGGCUACAGCUAUGAGCGUUUGGAUGGAUCUGUAAGAGGAGAGGAGAGGCACCUUGCCAUCAGGAACUUUGGUCAACAGCCCAUCUUUAUUUUCUUGCUGAGCACCAGGGCAGGUGGCGUCGGCAUGAACCUGACAGCUGCAGAUACUGUUAUUUUUGUCGACAGUGAUUUCAACCCACAAAAUGACUUGCAGGCCAUCGGAAGAGCUCACAGGAUUGGUCAGAACAAGCCUGUAAAAAUUAUCCGCCUGAUUGGACGAGACACCGUGGAAGAAAUAAUCUACCGACGAGCGGUGUCCAAGCUCCGACUAACGAAUGCCAUUAUCGAAGGGGGGCAGUUUGCUCUCAGAGCUCUCGAGUCUCAGGCAGCAGCAGACAUGCAGCUGAGUGAAAUCCUGAAGUUUGGUUUGGAUAAAUUGCUGUCCUCUGAGGGGAGCAACAUCCAGGAGGUGGACCUGGGAAACAUCCUUGGAGAGACAAAAGGGGGAGCGUGGAUCACAGAUAUGGUGCUACCCAGCAAAGAAGAAAAUGAGGAGCAAGAUAUGGAGAAUCAUAUGUAUCUAUAUGAAGGCAAAGAUUAUUCGAAAGAACCUAGCAGGGAAGACCAGAAAGCAUUUGACCAGCUCUUGGAUCUUCAGAAAGCUGUUCUGGAAGAGACCAGUAAAGAAGGGAGAGCCCUCCGAAACACGGCAAACGUCCUUCUAAUGGGUCUUCGGGAAGUGCCCACCAAGAGGAAGCAUGUGCUGAGCCCAGAGGAGCUGGAAGCCAGAAGGAGGAAGCGACAGGAGGCAGCAGCAAAGAGAACAAGGCUCAUGGAGGAGAAGAAAAGGAAGAAAGCAGAAGCUGCCCACAAGAAAAAGAUGGCGUGGUGGGAGACAAAUCAUUACAGGUCCCCCUGCCUCCCCUCAGAGGAGAGUGACACAGAGGAGGAAUUUAAGGAGGGAGAGGAUAAGCCAGAUGUGGAUUUGGAUUACAUAGACCCAGAUCUGAAUGCCAUCAAGUAUGUGAUGGGUGAUGUUACCCACCCCAGAGCAGAAGAGGAGGAUGCCAUCGUUGUCCACUGCAUAGAUGAUUCUGGCCGCUGGGGAAGAGGAGGCUUGUUUACAGCACUGGAGGUUCGUUCUGAUCAGCCCAGGAAAAUAUACGAACUAGCAGGGAAGAUGAAAGACCUGGCCUUGGGAGGAACCCUCUUAUUCCCCAUUGAUGAUAAAGAAUCCAGAAAUAAAGGACAGGACUUGUUGGCCCUGAUUGUAGCACAGCACCGGGAUUGCUCCAACAACUUGUCUGGCAUUAAGCUGUCUGCUUUGGAAAAGGGCUUGAAGAAGAUUUAUUUAACAGCCAAGAAAAGGAAUGCAAGUGUCCAUCUCCCACGUAUUGGACAUGCAACAAAGGGUUUUAACUGGUAUGGUACCGAGCGGCUCAUCCGAAAAUAUUUGGCUGUAAGGGGUAUCCCCACUUUUGUAUACUACUUCCCAAGGAAUAAGGCUUCUUCCUCCUUUUCACAACCAUCUACAUCUUCUGUGAUGAUCUCAAAGCCAUGAAGACCAUGCGAAUCACUGAGAAAUGGGCCCAAAGAGCUCAAGGCUUUUUCAGAAUUGCAUAUACAGCCAGCCUGUAUUUAGGUAGCUUCUUUGAAGCACAUACAAAGCCACUGUGUGUCUUCAUGUCACCCUACCUCUGUAGUUCUGUUUUUUAUAUUGCCAGUGGAUGUGAGCUGGAAUAAUACUACUACAAGGUUUAGUGGGUCUGGGAUGCUGGCUUGGACCUGUCUCUAGUUUUUUUAAGUUGGAAAAUUUUAAACUUUCAUGAUAGCUCAAUUAUUAACCCUUGUUUGAAGCAAUAAUUUUCCAUUAUUCCCAGGGUUUGCCGUGCAAUUGUGGCUUGACCUUUGUUCACAGACUUCCUCUUUUGUUGUUUCACUGAUUUUUGGUUGGUUGGUUUUUUGCUAACUCAUUACUGUGUGCUUGAGGCAGAGGGGUUUGUAUGUAAACUCCUCUGUGAUGAUAAGGAAGGCAUGUGCAGUGAACGCUCUGGGCACGCUCUGGUUCCUAACAAAAAAAAAAUCAGUUUUUGAUAUUUGCUAAAAUAAAGAGUUUAAGGUGGA